AUGGCAGUGCUUCCGGUCCCGCUGCCCUCCGCGACCAUGGCGGCGGUGGAGAAGCGGCGGCCGGCGGCAUCGACGGCCAGUUUCACGGACAGCGGCCGGCCAUCGGUGUCCCGCGCGGCGGCGGCGGCCGAGAGCGAGGAGGACUUUCUGCGGCAGGUCGGCGUGACGGAGAUGCUGCGCGCGGCCCUGCUGAAAGUGCUGGAGGCGCGGCCCGAGGAGCCCAUCGCCUUCCUGGCGCACUACUUCGAGAACAUGGGCCUGCGCUCGCCUACGAACGGCGGCGCCGGGGAGCCUCCGGGCCAGCUCCUGCUGCAGCAGCAGCGCCUAGGCCGCGCGCUAUGGCACCUUCGCCUGGCUCACCACUCGCAGAGGACCGCCUUCAACAACAACGUGAGCGUGGCCUACGACUGCCUGAGCGCCAGCGGGCGCAGGAAGCGGCCGGGGCUGGACGGGCGCACCUACAGCGAGCUGCUGCGGCGCAUCUGCCGGGACAGCGCGGCGCCCGAGGAGGCGGUGGCGCCGCUGCUGCGGAAGAUCCAGUGCCGCGAGCACGAGGCCGUGCCGCUCGGCGUGUUCCGCGCCGGCAUGCUCGCCUGCUUCGUGCUGCUGGAGUUCGUGGCGCAGGCGGGCGCCCUGUUCCGGCUGCUGGAGGACCCGGCGCUGGCCGUGGCGGACCGCCGCGUGGGCCAGGCCGUGCUGGACACCCUGGAGGGGGCGCUGAGCGCCGGCGAUGGCAGCCCCGCGCCCGCGCACUACCUGGAGGCCGGUUCGCGCCUGGGGCCCGACAGCCUGGCCCUGGCCAUGGACCGGGCCGCCGCGGGCAGGCGGCCCAGCUCCCCCAUGACCCGGGACGAGUUCCUGGAGAAGGCGGCCGCGCUCUUCAUCGCCAAGGUGAAGCCGGUGAGCUGAGGCCCCAGUUCAGCCCAGCUCCCUGCCCCUGCCGGGCCGGCCCCGCUGCUCCCCAGGGGGAACCAGGGCUGAGGACCGGCACUCGGUGCAUCUGGCCCGAGACCCCCAGCCCCCCAGGAAGUGGACGCUGGCUCCCAACAGACCUUGGCUGUUCCCUGCUGGUCCCGCCCCACCGGCCCAGGACCCUGCUAGCUCUAAUAAAACCCCCUGGAGGC